AUGGGGCAGCAAGGGAGCAAGGUUCCCGGAAGCUCGCUGCUCACGACUGGACAGACUCGCAUCUUCCCGCCUGCACCACCUGCAAAGCCGCCAGCCCCGGGCCACCGGCACCACCGGUGUCAGGCAAGACGUCCCCGAGGAGCUGCAUGGGUGACCCGGAGUGAGCGCGCUUCAGCGGAGCUGGCCACGGCCGGCCGCUCUGGCAGCACAGCGGCGCCACUGCCCACAGCCCCAACGGAGAGGAAGCCCGCGGAACUUGGAGCAAGGGCGGGCGGAAGGGGCCAAUCGGCACCCCACCGGUGGUGGGACAGCAGCCCGGCACCCAGGGGCCUGCACGACAGUGGCAUCCAGGUGUCACGUGCCCUGCCCAGUGUCACGUGUCCUGCGCCAUCCCGCCUUGCGGGUAUCACGUGCCUUGCGCCGUCGCGCCUUCUGGGUGUCCCGCUCCUGUGCCGUCGCGUGCUCCUCGCGUCGCACUCUGUUGUAGUCACUCGUGGUGGAGCUGCGUGCCACCACAAGCUGGCGGGCUCGCUUCACAGCACCGUCCCCCUCAUGGCCGCCCCCCGGUCAGACUCACGCGCCGCGCCUGGGGCAUCCCCACCCGCGGCCCCGCGCCUGCUCCUGCUCCUGCUCCUUCUGCCCCCCGCCCCGGCUGCAGCCAUGGCCCACAGACGCCCCCGGAGCCAGAGCGGCGCCUGGAGCCCCGACGUGGCCUGUGGCCAUCGUUACAUACAGGGGAAGAUUUUGGGGGGCGCGGAUGCCCUGGAGCGGAGGUGGCCAUGGCAGGUCAGCGUGCACUACGGAGGCUUCCACGUCUGCGGAGGGUCCAUCAUUGAUGAGUACUGGGUCCUCUCAGCUGCCCACUGCUUCAACAGGGACAAGAACAUGGAGGCAUUUGACAUAUACGUGGGGCUGGUGGACCUCAGGUUUGCGGGCAAUCACACCCAGUGGUUUGAGGUCAACAAGGUGAUCGUGCACCCCACCUAUGAAGUGUACCACCCUGUGGGAGGCGACGUGGCCCUGGUGCAGUUGAAGUCCCGCAUCGUGUUUUCUGACUCUGUGCUCCCAGUGUGCAUCGCAUCCCCAGAUGUGAACCUUCACAAUGCCACUUGCUGGUCUACAGGGUGGGGACUCGUCUCCCCACAAGGCCAUGUCCCCAACAAGCUGCAGGAGGUACAGAUACCUCUGAUCUCAUUGCCCCUGUGCCGGCUGCUCUACGGACACCUGUCGUACAUCAUGCCGGACAUGCUGUGUGCCGGGGACAUCAGGGACAUGAGGACCGUGUGCGAGGGCGACUCUGGGGGUCCACUCGUCUGUGAAUUCAACCACACCUGGCUGCAGGUUGGCAUAGUGAGCUGGGGCCGUGGGUGCGUGUACCCCAUGUACCCUGCAGUCUACGCCCGCGUCUCCUACUUCUCCAAAUGGAUCCGCUACCACAUGGAGCACACACCCCCGCCUUCUCAGCCACUCCCCGCCCUCGCCCGCGUGCUGGGGGUCUCCGUCAGCGUCCUUGCGGCCCUGCUGGCUGUCCUGCCCAUGUUGUGA